AUGAGUUCACCGCAGCUUAGCAAACUGGAUUUCUCAUAUAACGAUUUUAGCGGCCAUAUCUUCCAAGGAUUAGGCAGAUGUUUGAGGCUAAGUGUUCUACGAGCAGGCUUCAACAAUCUCUCUGGUGAAAUCCCAAGUGACAUCUACAAUCUUUCCAAGCUCGAGCAACUCUUUCUGCCAGCCAAUCAGCUUACUGGAAAGAUUGAUAAUAACAUCACCAGGCUCAAGAAACUAACGUCGCUUGAGCUUUACUUCAAUCACCUCGAAGGAGAAAUACCAAUGGACAUAGGAAAGCUCUCCAGCCUCCAACUCCAUAUCAAUAACCUUACUGGUUUAAGAGCCUUAGCAUUCUAG